CAGAGAGGGGCGGGGCCGCUCCAGGCGCGGUUUUCACGGUCAAAGUAGGUUGGGAACGGGAGGUAUUGGCUGCUCCUUGGCAGUGUCGGGAAGAUGGCGCCGCCGGUGACGGAACGGGGGCUGAAGAGCGUCGUGUGGCAGAAGAUAAAAGCAGCAGUGUUUGAUGACUGCAAGAAAGAAGGAGAAUGGAAGAUAAUGCUUUUAGAUGAAUUUACCACUAAGCUUUUGGCAGCGUGUUGCAAAAUGUCAGAUCUUCUAGCAGAGGGUAUAACUGUUGUGGAGAAUAUUUAUAAGAAUCGUGAACCUGUCAGACAAAUGAAAGCUCUUUAUUUUAUUUCUCCAACAUCAAAGUCUGUAGAUUGUUUUUUACGUGAUUUUGCAAGUAAAUCAGAGAACAGAUAUAAAGCAGCAUAUAUAUACUUCACUGACUUUUGCCCUGAUAGUCUCUUUAACAAAAUUAAGGCUUCUUGCUCCAAGUCAAUAAGAAGAUGCAAAGAAAUAAAUAUUUCCUUCAUUCCACUUGAAUCUCAGGUGUAUACUCUUGAUGUACCAGAUGCAUUCUAUUACUCUUACAGUCCAGACCCUAGUAAUGCAAAUGGAAAAGAUGCCAUUAUGGAAGCAAUGGCAGAGCAGAUAGUUACAGUAUGUGCCACCCUGGAUGAAAAUCCCGGAGUAAGAUAUAAAAGCAAACCUCUAGAUAAUGCCAAUAAGCUUGCACAGCUUGUUGAAAAAAAACUUGAAAACUACUAUAAGAUUGAUGAAAAGAGCCCAAUAAAGGGUAAAACUCAUUCCCAGCUCUUAAUAAUUGAUCGUGGCUUUGAUCCUGUGUCCACUGUCCUGCAUGAACUGACCUUUCAGGCAAUGGCAUAUGAUCUACUACCGAUUGAGAAUGAUACGUACAAAUAUAAAACAGAUGGGAAAGAAAAGGAGGCAGUCCUUGAGGAAGAUGAUGACCUCUGGGUCAGAAUUCGACAUCGACAUAUUGCAGUUGUUUUAGAGGAAAUUCCCAAGCUUAUGAAAGAAAUUUCAUCAACAAAGAAAGCAACAGAAGGAAAGACAUCUCUUAGUGCUCUUGCCCAACUUAUGAAAAAGAUGCCCCAUUUCCGUAAACAGAUUACUAAGCAAGUUGUCCAUCUUAACUUAGCAGAAGACUGUAUGAAUAAGUUCAAGCCUAAUAUAGAAAAGCUCUGCAAAACUGAACAGGACUUGGCACUUGGAACUGAUGCAGAAGGACAGAAGGUGAAAGAUUCGAUGCGAGUACUCCUUCCAGUUCUACUCAACAAAAAUCAUGAUAAUUAUGACAAAAUAAGAGCAAUCCUACUUUACAUCUUCGGUAUUAACGGAACUACAGAAGAAAAUCUGGACAAGUUGAUUCAGAAUGUAAAAAUAGAAAAUGAGAGUGACAUGAUUCGUAACUGGAGUUACCUUGGUGUUCCCAUUGUCCCCCAAUCUCAACAGGGCAAACCAUCAAGAAAGGAACGGUCUACAGAAGGAACUUUUCAACUUUCUAGAUGGACACCUUUUAUCAAAGACAUUAUGGAGGAUGCCAUUGAUAACAGGUUAGAGUCAAAAGAAUGGCCCUAUUGUUCCCAGUGUCCAGCAGUAUGGAACGGCUCAGGAGCUGUGAGUGCUCGCCAGAAACCCAGAGCUAAUUAUUUAGAGGAACGAAAAAAUGGGUCAAAGCUGAUUGUCUUUGUUAUUGGAGGACUUACAUACUCUGAAAUGCGCUGCGCUUAUGAAGUUUCUCAGACACAUAAAUCCUGUGAAGUUAUUAUUGGUUCUACACAUAUUUUAACACCCAAAAAACUGUUGGAUGAUAUAAAGAUGCUGAAUAAACCCAAGGAUAAACUCUCCUUUAUCAAGGAUGAAUAGCUUUUUUGUUUGUUUGGGAAUUCUUAUUAAUAUGUUCAACUAGUUUCAGAUCAAGAAAGCACUGGUAUCAUGCAUAUCAUGUAAUUUAAACAAUGUAACUGUUUUUAUGGAAUAAUGACUUUUCCAAAACAUUUCUUUAGGCACUGUUUAUGAGGGUUUGCUAUUUUUAAUCAUUUAAAUAUAAAUAUAAUUGCUGCCACAUAGAUGAUGAAAACAACUGUUAAAAUAUUUUCCAAAAGGAAAUCUUUUCACCUUUAGAACAGAAUAUAUUAUACUUGAGGGUAAUUUUCACAGCCAUGUAUGUACAUACUAAUUGCUUGUUAGAUACUUACCUAAGUAUCUGAUGCCUAAGGAUAGUUUUAGGGGGAAGAAUUAUUUUAAAUGAAGAGAUUCUAAAAGUUAAAUCUGUAAAUGUGUAUGUAUGAUGGAAUUAUUUCCUAUAAAUACAGUUUUUCAUUCAACUUUAAUAAUUUCCUUUAUGUAUAAAGUAAUUCACUAUCAAUAAUAGAAAUGGAGUGAUAUCACAAUGUAUACUGCCUUGCUAGAUAUGUCUAAAGAACACAAUUUUAUACAAUUUUUAAAUCAUGUAUGUUUAAAUUAGAAAACCAAAAAUAAUCACAAACAUUCUAAGAGAAAAUAAAUAUAUAGUUACAAAAA